AUGGAUAUAUUCAAGAUCCUGUCCAGAGGAGCUUCUUUGAAGAAGUCCAAUGCUCCAGCAGGAGUGCAGUCAUUACAGAAGUUGGAAACUGUUAAUGUGGCCAAGCAGCAAGACCUGGAUGAUGAGCUCGACAAGGAGGUUGAUUUUUUUCACCAGAAAGAUCACAAGAAGAAGGAAACGAUCAUAGAUGAGCCGACCGUUGCUAAAACUCAAGACGAUAUUCCAGAACCUCCAACUAAGGUUUUUACCCCGGAGGAAGCUCUCGCACUGAGAAAAUCUUACGGUGCUAAAGUUUCCGGAGACGAUAUUCAUCAACCGAUUGGUUCUUUUGAAGAUCUUGUUGGACGCUUCAAGUUUAACAGAUUACUACUAGAAAACCUCAUUUCCAACGAGUUCACAGAACCUACGCCAAUUCAGUGCGAAGCUAUUCCCGCAAGCUUGGCUGAUCGAGACCUUAUUUGCUGUGCCCCCACUGGUUCUGGUAAGACUUUAGCAUUUAUAAUUCCUCUUGUGCAACAGCUAGGUCGUGGACGUAAGAACCAUGGUAUUCGUGGAUUGGUUAUUUCUCCAACUAAGGAGCUGUCAACCCAAAUUUUCAAUGAGCUCGUCAAACUGUGCAAGGAUAGCAGUCUGCAAGUUGGAAUUUUGAACAAAUCUAUUGCCGGGAAAUUGCGCAACAAGGUCUUAACUAGCUCCAAAUUUGACAUUUUGGUGUCAACUCCAUUAAGACUUAUUGAUCUUCUAGGUGAGGGGGUGAUGGACCUUUCUAAGGUCGAACAAGUUGUGUUUGAUGAGGCCGAUAAAUUAUUCGAAUCCAAGUUUGUUGAACAGACAGACCGCAUAUUAACAGCAUGUUCAAAUCCAAAACUUCGCCGAUCGAUUUUCUCUGCUACAAUCACUUCCAGUGUUGAAGAACUUGCCAAUUCGAUCAUGCAUUCUCCAAUCCGUAUCAUUAUUGGACACAAAGAAGCUGCCAAUACCAAUAUUGAACAAAAGUUGGUUUAUUGUGGUAACGAGCACGGCAAACUUCUAGCUCUGCGCGAGAUGCUACGAAAGGGAGAGUUCAAGCCGCCAGUGAUCAUUUUCCUCCAGUCCAUUACCAGAGCCAAGGCUUUGUUCCACGAGUUGCUUUACGACCGUUUAAAUGUUGAUGUCAUUCACGCAGAGAGAACUCAACUACAACGAGAAACUAUCAUUGAUCGAUUCCGUAAAGGUGAACUAUGGUGCUUGAUCUGUACCGAUGUUUUGGCUCGAGGAAUCGACUUCAAAGGAAUUAACUUAGUGAUAAACUACGACGUUCCGGUUUCGGCCCAAGCAUAUGUGCAUAGAAUUGGUCGUACAGGACGUGGUGGUCGUUCUGGUAAAGCAGUGACGUUUUACACCAAGGAAGACACACUUGCAAUCAAGCCAGUUGUGAACGUGAUGAAGCAAAGUGGCUCCGAGGAUGGUUUGGCCGAUUGGUUAAAGGAAGAUCUAUCCAAACUUACCAAACAGCAGAAAAAACAGAUCAAAAAUAAGGUUGUGGAUAGAAAGCCGAUCAGUACUGUGCCAUCUGUGGUCCGGAAGAAACGGAAGCAGAAACAGGAAAUGAUAGAUGCUUCCAAGAAACGGAAGACUUUAGAAGAAAGUUCCAAUAAUUGA